CUAACCCCUCUUUACACAUCAAACACUUGUGCAAUUGAGCAAUUUAGGCCACACGUUCUCCAAUUUUGCACACUUUCUUCAAGCAAUUUAGGCCGCCGCCACCAAAAAAUGCAGCAAUCUAUUUUCUCACUCACACUUCUCCUUCUCUUCUUCCAUUGCACCAACACACUUUCCCAAUCACCAGCCUCUGCACCAGUAGCUGCUCCAGCACAGGCACCAUCACACCAUCCAUCACACCGCCCACACAGCUCCUCGCCGCCGCCUGGCCCGACAGACGUCAUCCAAAUCCUCCUGAAGGCCGGCCACUUCAUAACCUUCAUCCGCCUAAUAAAGGCUACACAUGUGGAUUUUCAGUUAACUUCCCAACUCAACAGCUCAACUGAUGGUAUCACCGUUUUUGCCCCAACUGAUACUGCAUUUACAAACCUUAAAGCAGGUGCUCUGGACUCUCUGAACGACAAAGAAAAGUUGGCGUUUGUGCAGUUUCAUAUAUUACCAAGAUUUCUCUCAAUUUCUGACUUCCAGACUCUGAGUAACCCAGUAAAGACACUGGCUGGAUCCGAUGAUCGUUACCCAGUGAACAUAUCCACUACUGAUAGUUCAGUGAGUAUAAGCACAGGACUCACAAAAACAAGCAUAGCUAACACCGUAUACACUGAUAAACAAGUUGCUAUUUAUGAGAUUGACAAGGUUCUACUCCCUAAACUCCUUUUUCCUCCGGCAACGGCUCCAGCGCCGGCGAAGUCAGCAGAGACUCCGGAAAUUAAUCCUAAGGAUGCAUCUAGUGCAAUGAGCUCUGUUUUACAUUAUAAUGGGGCGCUGGUACUUGGAGUUGUCUUAGCUGCUGCAAUGUUAUUUCUUUGACACUUAAAGAAUCGUGGGGUGGGAGAGGGUGUUUAAUUUUCUCUUGGUAUAUUAUAUUGAGCGAUGGUGGUCAUCGACGACGUGAGUUCGUGCUUUUCCAAUAAUUUCUCUUAUGUAUCAUUGCUGUUUCUGAUUAAGAUUGAAUCGGAAGCUUUGAACUUUC